CAGCGGCGCCGCCGGGGAGCUGUUCUCGAUCCGCACUUGCUUCAAGUUCCGAUUCGCCGCCAUGUUCGGCCCUCGCUCCCUUCUCCCUGGUUUUCUCGGGGGACGCGGAGCCGCACUCGGCAGCCACCGCCUCCGACCCGCAGCCAAUUCAAAAUGGCGCCGCGGCCGCCCUCGGCGAGUUGUAACGUCCCCGCGGACGGCCCCGCCCACCGGCGGCCGCGCUCCCUCGCCGGCCGCCGCGCCUGCGCACUGCGCUCCCCGCGGCUCCUCGCAGGGAACGGGGAGCGGGCUGCGCACGCGUCGUGCCGCGCGGCACGGCGGGGCUGCGGAGGCGCCGCGGCCGCCCGUGGCGUGCCGCUCUCCUUCGGGCGCCGUCGUUCCCGUUCGGCUCUGGGAGCCGGGCGAGCCCGCGUCAGACCGCGGGAGAACGGUCUUCGCAUCUUCAGAGCCCUGGGGCUCAGCCCAGCCAGGAGCUUCCCCGCCGCUUUCAGCCAGCGCGGCUCCCUCGGCCCUUACCCACCCGCCGCGAAUCCGACCGUGCUCGGCGGAGCGCCGGUCUGAGGCGCGUUCCGAUCGCGCGCGCUCCGCUGCGGUCCGUACCGAGGCGGGGGAACGCCCUGCCGGGGUCUGCGCCGAAUGGGGGGCGGCGGCCUGGCGGGACCCGCGCUCGGCGCUGAGGAGACUGCAGGGAACGGCGCAGGGAGAGGAAGAGCCGAGCGCUGUGGAGCUGCUCUGGAGACAGAGGGAGGGCCUGCGGGCUGCAGGAACGCGCCCACUGUUGGGUGCGGGAGGCACGGCUGCGGGGGCAGGCCUUGCUGCGCGGGAUGCCGGCCCGGCGCUGUCCUGCGCGGCAGCUGCCGCGGUGUGAGGGGGCGGCUUUCUUUCAGACAAAGCGCUGUGCUCUGCCUGGGGCCUCGGAGGCAUCUGGUAAAAGAAGUUGUUCUUGCUUCCAAUUCCCAUUGUAGCCUGAGCGAGACCUCGGGAGAAAAAAGCUAUUUUUUAUUUACACAGCUAUAGCAAUUAAAAUAAAAACAAAAAAACU